AUGGCGACCGCGAAAGCGCAGAAAGACUUCACCGAGCUCGUGGUCGAGCCGUUCUCGGACCCGGACCCGAAGCCGCUCGUCGGGCUGCUCCCCGCGCGAGCGCUCGCGGACGCGGACUCUAAGUUCGUCACGGUGACCGUCCGCGGGGAGGCUGUCGUGGUGCAUUACAAAGAGUCGUCGCCGCCGCCGGAAUCGCAAUCGCAAUCGCGAUCGCCGUCGCCGCGCGACAUCGACGCGGUGGUGUGCCUCCACGGCGCGAACGGCUCGGAGUUUUCGUUCCGUAACCUCCUCCCGAGGCUCGCGAGCGACGCGGGCGUCCGCGCGAUCGCGUUCGAUCGCCCCCCGUACGGGCUCUCGAGUCGGCCGAAGCUGAAAAAAAACGGCGACGCCGCGACCGACGCCGCGACCGACGCCGCCGGCGCGACCGCGACCGCGACCGCGACCGCGGCGGCGCACUUCGUAUACACGCCCGAAGGCCAGGCCGAGCUCACGCUCGCGCUCAUGGACGCGCUGGGCGUGACGCGCGCGUGCGUCCUCGGGCACUCCGCGGGCGCGCCCGUGGCGCUCGACGCCGCGCUGAGAGCCCCGGAGAGAAUCCCGACGCUCGCGCUCGUCGCGCCGGCGAUCUUCGUCGGCGGCGACCCGCUCGCGGGCGUGCCGUUGGACCGCGCGCUUCGGUUCGCGUGGUUCCGGUUCCUCAUCUCUCAGGACGGGCCGGGGUUAAACCUCGUCCGCGGGAGCGUCAGGAGGCAGCUCGCCGCGAUCGAGGAGGGGCGAACGUACGCGAACCUGAGCGAGGACGUUCGACGCGCGUACGCGCGGCCGACGAAAGCGGAGGGGUGGGACGAGGGGUUGCUGCAGUCGUUUCGCGCCGGGUCGUUCGCGGACGCGUCGGAGCGGUUGCGCCGCGAGGUCCCAAACGCGCUCGCGCCGGCCAAGACGAAAGUCGUCGUCGUGGUCGGGAAGAAUGAUCGGACGACGCCGCCGGCGUUGUCCGAAGCGCUGCGGGACGUGUUGAUCGAGUGCGGCGUGGAGGACGUUCGGUACGAGCUCAUGCCGACCGCGUCGCACUUGCCGAUGGAGGAGGAGGCGGGGGGCGUCCGGGAGACGUUCGAGGCGCUCGUCGUGGACGUCGUUCUGGGGGGGGGAGGGGACGGGGGGGUGACCACGACCACGGAAAAGGAGGAGGAGGAGGAGGAGGUGACCCCGGCUCGAUAG